AUGGCCAAAAGGAAAAACGAAUCUUCGGGAGGUAACCGGAAUAAAAAAUAUAAAGUCAGUGGUUUCAUUGAUCCUAAUACGUGCGGUGUCUAUGCUACGUGUAACAGAGGAAAAGAGCAAGGAUGCAGAAAAGAGUUGAUGCAACUAUUUUCGGAGAAGCUCGAUACGUGGUACCCUGAUUGGAAAGACGAAAUUGCAGACGAGGAAACACCAGAGGAUGAAGAUAAAAAGUUGUCUGUUGAGGAGCAGAUUAAGAAAGAAGUGGAGGACCUAAAAGAAUCACAAAAUGGUAAGAGUUCAAACAGCCCGCUCCAGCCUAUGGAUUUGGGGUGUGAGUGCCUCGUGUUUAUCAAGAUGAAGAAACCUAUCCAUCCUGCUGAUUUCAUUCAUCGCAUUUGUCAAGAAGCAUACGAGUCCAAGGAGAAAAACACCAGAUUUACCCAGAAAUUGACUCCAGUGACAUACUCUGUAUCAGCAUCGAUGGAUGAGCUCAAGAAACUUGCAGCAAAGGUUUUGAAACCUCAUUUCCAUAAAGAGGAACAAGAACCAGUUAAGUUUGCCAUCCAAGUUACAAGAAGGAAUUUUAAUACCCUAGAGAAAGACGACAUUAUUAAGACUGUCGCUACUGCCGUCGGGCAUGAACACGGGCACAAAGUCGACUUAAAACAGUACGAUAAGUUGAUAUUGGUUGAAUGUUACAAAAACAACAUAGGAAUGAGUGUUGUGUCGGAUUAUCUUAAAUUUGAGAAAUUCAACUUACAGCAAAUCUUUGAAAAGGAUAUGGGUCCUGGUACUAGUGUUUCGCGAGUAGCCGAGAGCAAAAAAUAA